GUUUGCGCAUCAUUCGUAUGCCAUCGCGGGUACAAGCGGAGCCGGCAAUGGGACGGAAUAAGCGUCUCUUGUAGUUUGUGCGUAUGUUUGUCGUUGUGGUUUUGUGUGCCUGGGUUGGGUUGAGUGCGUCAGUGGUUGUGUGCCUGGGUUGGGUUGAGUGCGUCAGUGGUUGUCGUCGUCAUUCUUCUUCAUCCAUUCACGUCGAUUGUCCGGGUUUUGUCCAUCAUUUGGCCACGUGUGUCAUGGUGUCUGUGGUGGGUGGGUCGGUGUCACGGACAUAGUCAGGCGAGCGCCUGCAGUAAGGACACGCACAUGCGCUUUUUUCAGCCGCCUGUUUUUAAGGCUGGGUGGGCAGACAAGUCGUAUAGCCAGGUGAUGGGGUGGAUCCGUGCUAGGUUGUCUGUUGCAUUGGCACGUGGUGCGAGUAUGUGUGUGCAAGGUGAGUCGAUUGACACAGUACAUUUCAGCAGAGAGAGACGUGCCUUCUCUCCAUGAAUUGUUCUUGCCAAUGGUUGAUGAAUGGUCGUUGAUGAAGGCGACAAAUCAGCCAAUAGGACCAAAUAAGGAUGGAUGCAAUCGAUCACGCGCUGCAUGCGAGCUUGGAAUGAAAAAAAGAAAGUGCCAUGAAGAAAAUAUGACUGAGGUAAGCCAAGGCCUGUUGUAGACGCGGUGCGGUGUGCAUGCAGGCUGAUCUCUGUCCGUGUCGCGUACAGGGGUCGCAUCUUGCUGGUCUGAGGAGCAAGUGUGCUCAGCUGGCGGCACUCCAGCAAGGCAUCGAGGAGCUUCGUCAGAGGGUGACUGAACACAAGACAGACAGAUGAUCCACCCGGCUGCACCCGUGCCGCACUGCUGCUGCGUGUCUGUUGCGUGUUGUCUGCAGGCUGGGAGGGUGUUGGAACUUAGCCGCGAUAGAGAUGACUCAUCGCAGCCGCCCGGAAUCAGAGCCUCAGAGGUGAGAUCAAGCUGGACACCAUGACACAUGAAGGUGCUCAUUUUGUUUGUGCGCUGCUGGCCGUUGGUUCCUUCAGCCUGUCCGUGGCCAGUGUGCGGUGCUGGUAAGCCUCCUCCAGAGGCUUGGUCAUGACGACCUACGGCCGAGUGAAGUGGAGUCGCUCGUGCAUCUUGCCAACACCAAAUGUGACACCAUCUCGGCCAUGCUGCAGCGACCGGUACGCGGACACCUACACACCACAAGUCGCGCAUUGAGCUGACUGGCAACACACGCAAUGCUCCUUGUGUGUGUGUGUGUGUGUCAGUCUUCGUCCGUACCGUCUCUCAUCACACUGCCCGAGUCGUGCUUCAGCGGCCACAUCGGCCCCCUCGUCGGCACCAAGACCAUGAUCUCCAAACUCGCCCCGGCACACUCGGCCCUGCACACCAUCUCCCGCAAGCCGGUCACACACAAGACCAUCCAUCUGGGCAAGUGCUUCUACUUCGCCAUCAAGAUGACUCCGCAGCAGAUGGCUGUGUGGGGUCCGGCAUUCAGCAAGGCCAAGCGGGCGGUCUUGGCAUGUGCGCCGACCCUGGGCGUAGUGGAGCUGCUCGAGCAUGCGGCCAAGACGCUGGAGGAGCUUGAGGCGUGGUCGGAUUGUUAUCAUGUAGACAAAGCCGUUGGCGAAUGGCUGCGGGGCCGACAAAGGAGGGAAGAGAUCGUCUUCCCCCUGCUGGCGCGCGUCAAGGUGGCCGGGUGGUGGAUAUGCGUCGCCAACAGGCGGCACUGGAAACUCAUGUAAGCCAGACACAUACGGCACAUUCGCAUCCGUCUACUCACUGUCUGCCGGUCCAUCUGUCUGCCUGUCUGUCUCUCUGUCAGCUCGCUCGUCGAUAUCCACCUUCGCGACAUGUAUGUCGAGGAUGACAGCCGUUGGGACGAUCCCGAGAAGUGCUCUGGCUACAACGGCGUCGCUUGCAGCGAUUGGCUGGGGGCAGGCCCGGGACCGCACCAUCUGACGCUUGAGGUCUCAUGGGGUGACGGCUGGCAGAUCGAGGACCUCCGCCACAUGCUCAAGCCAUCCAUCAAGUGAGAAGAGAAGAGAAUAUCGGCGUGUGUCCACCUAUGUAAGACACUUUGUAUGCGCGUGUGUGUGUACUGUCCAUGGCAGGCGCCUCAAAGGCCUCCAGUGCGUUCCAGUGAGCCGGUGGCACCUGGACGAUGUUGUCGACAUCCCGCUCCAGCUGGACGACCUUCAGAUAGACGUCGACCGCGCAGUCAAUUUCGAAUUCUUACAGGUACGUGAAGGCUAUAUGCCCACAUACAGAUGCAAAUGUGCCGCAUGCAUGUGUGUGCCCGUCCAUCAGAUGAUUGCGCAUCUUCGGUCCACAUGGAUGGCCCCCAGCGGCGUCAUCACCUUCACCUGCCGUCAUGACGUCACCUUUGACGUCCUGCGAGAGCUACAGCACUUGGAGGACUGCCCGUCUUUGGCUGGCACACUUUUUUAUCUCGCUUCUCUCGUCAAGCGUGUCGUGUUUCCUCAUGGGCUGGGACAGGGGGAGGCAGUGCCGUCUGUCGUACUGUAUCGGCUCCCUCAGCUGGUCUUUUCGCAAGCUGAGAAGCUGGACUUGUCCCGUUCUGCUGUUGGGUCUGACUCCCUCCCUGACGUUUUUCUUUCGCACAUAUCUGAUGCCCACUUUCCUCGCGUCACAACACUCGAGCUGGGACAGGCAGUGGGGAUCAGAGCUCAGGAGGUAGUGAGGCGGGCCACAGAUCUCAAGUCGAUCAGAGAGCUGCAUUUUCAGAAGGGUGGACGGGUUUCUGUGCCGUUCUUCUUCCCUCGCUGCUUGGGGGCGUGCAGCCAGACAGGCCCGCCUCUGCACAUCAAGACUCGGUACAUGGACUCGGCUGAUGUGAGGGUCGACACGAGCGUGUGGGCGCUAUGGGAGGGCGGGGGUGGGAGUGAGGGGCAGAAGGGGGUGGAGAGGCGCAUUCAGAAGAUCAGUGUCACAGUCCAUUGGGAGCGUACCACCAGACAGACAGGCAGAAGAGCUGGCAAGAAGGGGGUGAGCAGUGAGGCAGCGAAGAAGAAGGGAGGCGAUCAGGAAGGGGAUCGGGGCAUCUUGAAGACGUGCCUGCACGCCAUGGACAAGUGCCCUCUCCUCGACACGAUUGUCCUCACUCUCUGCGGCUUGUCUGACUUCUCCGGUGAUGAGCUAGAAGCCAGUCCUGUCGAAGCCAGUCCUAUUGAUAUGGUGGGGGUCAGCUCUGAGGCAGUCAAAAACCGGCUGCUAUCGCGUGGCUUCGUGGCGGUGCAGACAGGCCCCUCAUGUGUUCAAUUGUGUUGCGUGUUUGGCCGUCUGUUCCCCCGAUGGCUGGUUGAAAAUGUGUCUGGCCUCUCCCUCUCUACCCCCUUCUCACGCCAUGCGUCAAUGGAUGACACUGUGCCGCUGUGUGAGGCUGUGCUGGCACAUGUGGGCAUGCGCUUUCCUCGUUUCAUAGCCCGGCAGCUCAGCAAUGAGUUGGAGAGGGCUGUGAAAGCAGAGGCACGCGGGUGUUGGCACAGACUCAGACGUGAGGCGCGGCGCAAGAAGGGCAUGAGUCAAUAGAUGCCGGAUGGCUGACUGGAAUAGCUGCCAAAACGCACACAUAUGUGUCCUGUCUACCUGAAUGAAUGCACUUGAACCGACCCGUCAUGGAUUCAAAUAUCGCUCGAAG